AGUUAAUGAAUUAACCAAAGAAUAACAUAAUAUUAACAGAUGAUCAACAUGAAAAAAUAGAAUAAUUGUUACUUAAGGUUCAAGCAGAAGUUCCAAAUUUAGUAAGGGAAAAUCUAAUUUAAAAAUAUUAGAAUAAGGAUCAUUUAAUUAGAUUAAUGAUUGCUAGAGAAUGGAAGGUAAAUGAUGCAUUUGAAUAAUGGAAAAGAUGGGUUGAAUGGAGAAAACAAUAUAGAGCAGAUGAUAUCAAAAUUGAAGAAAUUUAAUAAGAGAUUGAUUUAAGAAAAGCUUUUUGGAAUGGAGUUGAUAAAUUUGGAAAUCCAUGUUUAAUUAUUAAAACAAAGAGACAUUUCCCUGGUUAAAGUAAUCCUGAAACACUCAUAAGAUUUUUUUUGUAUAUAAUUGAUUAAGGAAUUCAGAAAGCAGAUUUAGCUGGAACUGGUAGAAUUAGUGUAAUUUGGGAUAGAGAAGGUGUUACAUCAAAGAAUUUUGACACAUCAAUGUUUACAAUAAUGAAGAAAGUAGUAACUUUAGUUUAAGAUAAUUAUGCAGAGAGAUUAAAUUAAUUAUUUAUACUAUAUCCAAAUUUCUUAGUUAAAUCUAUUAUGACUGUUAUUAAACCAUUCCUAAGUGAGAAAACAAAAUCUAAGAUAAUAUUAUGUAAUCAGAUGAAGGAUCUACAAUAAUAUGUUGGUGAGAAUUAUUAGAUUUCUGAUAAUUUAAUUUAUGAGAAUGUUGAAUAAGUAUAAGGAUAGUACAAUGAAGAAAAUUAAAAUUAAAUAGAAGAGAUUAUAAAUUAAUGA